UUCUUGGGUAGGAGUACUCUACCAGGCUGGGCUACCGCUGCAGCUCCGCACCGUGGACGGUUGCUCGGGCGAUCCUGACCGAACAUUGAUGUACUGCGCCGUUGGCAAGAGCAGCUGCCCACUUGGCACUACAGGAACUACAGGACUAUCGCCGAUACUUGCGCACCCUGCUGACCCGCUACUACGCAUCGUGGGCGCUAGUGCACUCGGUGUUUCUGGAGUUCAACCUCCGGUGGAACUUGAGAAUGACGGUCAAGAACCGUGGCUCGCCCGUGGCGCUGGGAGGGCACUGUAUCGAGUACCGUGGUGGAGUUGUUUCAGCGGGUCACGGGCGGGCUGGCACCGGAGCUGCCCAGUCCUCGUCCGGAGUGGCCGGCCACCAUCGACUCAGUGGCUCAGUAGGCAUGGGCGAGAAGAGUGAGCUCGCCCGGAGCCUGUGGGAGGAAGAGGCCCACGGGGGGCAUGGAGUUUCCUCGAUUAAGAAGCGUUGCGUGCUGAUGUGGGCGAAAGGAACUGCUGUCAGCGGCCGAACCCCGGCUGUCGCACCUCACACUUUCCUCCAAGCGACACAUACACGGUAAUGAGGGGCAAGAGAAUGCCAGAAAAAAGGGUCUACGCCAGGGAGGAGAAGCACCAGGGCCUGCUAGAAGUGAGGUCAACAUGGGGGAGAAAUUUGCUGAACCAAUGAUGCUUCGGGGCAGGCCCGUGGAAUACCUACCACCGCGACCAGGCCCAGCGGAGAGCUGUUCCUCGGGUUCCAGUCUAAUACACAAACGCUCCCGUUUCGACCUUCGUCACCCGGGGAGGGGCUGCGUUCGAGGGCUCGCUUGGAGAGACGCGACAUUUUCCUAUUUUUUUCGGGGCGGCCAUAUCCUGUUGGGGAGCUGGUCUUGCGGGGGAGGGCGCGGGCGAGGGCGUUGCCUGGGAUUAAGGCAGGGGGGUUGUUUUUUUUCGCCCCCGUCGUUGGUGCUGUGCAAGCUGCUGGAGAGUUCUAGCGAUGAUUCUGCGGGGGAAGGACACGUGGGGCGGGGGGGAGCGGUUGUGGCAAGCAGCGGUGGACGCCGUAGGCAAGCGUAGAUGGCACUGCAGUUCCACCACACUUUUUUGUCUCCUGUCAACCUGGGCUGAAAUCGACAACAGCGCGGGGGUGCCGUGUCCUAGGGGACGAGGCGUUUCUCCCGGAGUACUGGGCGGGUGUGCGCUGGUGGCACCAUGAUAAUUUUUUUUCCGGUGUUACUGCGGUGAAUGGACAACUGUGUUCGGUGCCUGUGAUACUGCUUUCGCCGCUUUUGAGGCCAGCAGGUCGUAACGGGAGAAAACGAGGACAAAUUUUGUAGUCGUGCUACAGGUAGAUUGCGGGUUGGCAAGGCAAGGUUUCCUGUUGUUUUUUGGCGAGGAUUUGCACCGCGAAAUUGGGCGUGGCGAAUGGGAUAUAUCAGGGUGCGCACAUUCGCGCUCGUUCUGCUAAAACUUGUGCUCCGGAUGAACGUGCGGUGUAUGUGUCGUCCCAUUCAUUUGCACUUAGUUUUUUUUUGUUUCGUCACCAGCCGGAGUCGUGCAGAAGGAAGCUAGGGAGACUUUGUUCACCUCUCUUUCAUUUCGCGAUACUU